AUGGACGGCUUGAAGACUCUCGUCAGCAACAGUGUCAACGGACUCAAGGGUCUCAUCGUGACUAAACGCCCACAGGACGAACUGAUCGCGGAACUCUCUAGCGCGUCGAUUCCGGCGAGCGCAGACCCGUGUAGGACAUGCGGGAAUCCAUGCGAUGUCGGGCAUCUCGAGUAUCCAAAUCGACUAUUCAUUGAUAACUUGUCGAAUAUGUUGGGUUCCGUCAAGCCAUACAUGCGCCAGGUCGUGAUUUCAACUGGAAAAGCCGACUGGGCACAUGAAGUCACUGAGGAAACCGGAUCACUCGCGCAGCUUCUGGCAAAUAAUCCGAGCACCUCGAGUAGUCUGAAAUGCACAACUGCGAGCUAUCCACCAAGCAAGCCGUCUACUAGGAUCGGGAUCUUGAACGGAUCACAUACAUCACACGAAGACGAGACACACAGAGUGCUCGUCUUCCCCGACUACAAAGUUGUCUCGCAUGUCCCAGCCACAAAGUCCGGGGCCUUUGACCUCCAGCAGCGCGCUCUAGACCCCGCACUUGGCAGAGUCGGUGCUCCUACACCGAACAGUACGGAUAUAGACGAGGAAGUGGGCAGAAGCUACGUUCUGCCGUACGCAUGUGUCAUUCUCAUCUGUUCACACAAGAAACGGGAUAACAGGUGUCACAUUGCCGCUUCAAAGCUUGAGACUGCCAUCUGCCGCGAAUUAGAAGGCCGUGGAUGGAACGUCGACCAUAACCUACGUGAUGAAGACUGCAUGGGAACCUCGCUCGAGGAUCUCACCGGGACAGAAGCCGAGCGGGAGCAGGCCAUGAGUGAAUUGUUACGCGAUGCGGCGAACGGGACACUCAAUGACCAGAAGAUGGCGCUCCUGAUCAAGGUAUCUCAUAUUGGUGGUCAUAAAUUUGCGGGAAACAUUAUAAUCUACACACCACAAGGUCCAAAUGGCACCGGUAUCUGGUACGGACGCGUUAGUCCACACGAGGUGCCCGCCGUCGUCGAGCAUACCAUCCUUCAAGGCCAGAUUCUACCUGAGCUACUGCGUGGAGGAAUCGACUUUUGGGUGUUUGAGAUGGAUCCGUCAACCUUACAAAGACUACUUGGACGCGCGGCGGCUGCACGAGAUGGAGGCGGCGCAGGAGUGGAUCAACCGACGCCAGACAAUGGCGAGGUCAUUCACAUCUCGUCUCUCGCCCUUCUCAAGAUGCUCAAGCACGGUCGCGCGGGUGUGCCAAUGGAAGUCAUGGGUUUGAUGCUCGGCGAGUUUGUCGACGAAUAUACAAUUCAGGUCGUGGAUGUCUUUGCCAUGCCACAGUCCGGGACGACGGUCAGCGUCGAGUCUGUCGACCAUGUCUUCCAGACCAAGAUGCUGGAAAUGCUAAAGCAAACUGGACGACCCGAGAUGGUCGUCGGUUGGUAUCACUCUCAUCCAGGAUUCGGAUGUUGGCUCUCCAGUGUCGAUAUCCACACGCAGCAAACCUUUGAGAUGAUGAACUCGCGCGCUGUCGCCGUCGUUGUCGACCCCAUCCAAUCCGUCAAAGGCAAAGUUGUCAUUGAUGCGUUCCGAACUAUUCCUUCUACAACAGUUGUUAUGGGUGUCGAACCGCGCCAGACGACGUCGAAUAUUGGACACAUCAAGAAGCCGAGCAUCCAAGCGCUGAUACAUGGGCUAAACAGGCAUUACUAUAGUAUUGCCGUGAAUUAUCGAAAGACGGAGCUGGAACAAACCAUGCUCAUGAAUCUGCACAAGCAGAAUUGGACGAAUGGGCUGAAGCUGAGAGAUUUUUGCGAUCACAAGGCGGAGAAUGAAAAGGCGAUCAAGUCGAUGUUGAGCUUAUCCGAAGCGUAUAACAAGUCUGUGCAAGAGGAGACGACGAUGACGGCCGAGCAGCUCAAGACGCGCCACGUCGGAAAACAGGAUCCGAAGCGGCAUCUAGAGAAUGCAGUCGAGACCGCAAUGGGCAAUCAGGUUGUCCAAAACCUGGGGACAAUGAUGCUCGCUGAGCUCUAG